AUGAUAACUGCGCGUAUUCUGUUGUGUGUGGCUGCAUCUAAUCAGUGGAUUGUUGAUCAAAUGGAUGUUACCAACGCAUUUCUACAUGGUGAUCUCAAAGAGACAGUCUAUAUGCGUAUGCCUCCUGGUUAUCAUUUGCUCUCUAACAUCCCACAGUCUUUUAGUGCUACUGCAGUCUGCAAAUUGACAAAAUCCCUGUAUGGUCUUAAACAGGCGCCGCGUGAAUGGUUCUCUAAGUUGUCUACAGCUCUUAAACAGUUUGGUUUUUGUCAAUCUCACAGUGACAAUAGCAUGUUCACUAUAGUGAAGGAUGGUGCUUUCUGUGGAGUUCUUGUGUAUGUUGACGAUAUUCUCGUCACUGGAGCUUCAGCUGUACUCGAUGCUGAGGUCAAAGCUUUUCUAAGGUCUAAAUUUAAGAUCAAAGAUGUGGGACCUCUCAAAUACUUUCUAGGAAUCGAGGUGGCUCGAUCUACUGCUGGCUUCUACCUAAAUCAACGCAAAUAUGUCUUGGAUUUGAUGACAGAUACAGGCUUGAUGUAUGCUAAGCCUUCUACAAUUCCCAUGGAGCAGAAUCAUCACUUGACUGACAAUGAAUCUGCACUCCUAAACUCUUUGGAUACAUCUCUGUACAGGCGUAUUGUUGGCAAGCUCAUUUAUCUUACCAUCACUCGUCCAGAUGUAUGCUACAGUGUGCAUAUUUUGUCUCAGUUUAUCCAUCAACCCUGUAGUGACCAUCUACAAGCUGCGUUUAAGGUUCUCAGGUUUUUGAAGUCCUCCCCUGGACAAGGUCUGUUGAUUUCAAGCUCAGCUUCUUUGCACCUCACUGCAUACUGUGACUCUGACUGGGCUGGGUGUCAAUUUACAAGACUUUCUCUUACUGGUUACUGUAUUAAGCUGGGUGAUUCCUUGGUUUCAUGGAAGUGUAAGAAACAACAUACCGUAUCUAAGUCCUCUGUAGAGGCUGAAUACCGCUCGAUGGCUGAUACAUGUUGUGAGGUGGUUUGGCUUGUUGCUUUACUGAAGAACUUUCUGAUUUCACCUAAGCUGCCCAUACCAUUCUACUGUGAUUCUCAGUCUACUCUCUAUAUUGCCGCUAAUCCAGUUUUCCACGAACGUACUAAACAUAUAGAGAUCGAUUGCCAUAUUGUUCGGGAAAAACUGAUUCGAGGUCUUAUUGCACCAACUCACAUUUCCACUACUGAGCAGCGUGCUGAUAUGUUCACUAAAGCUUUGGGAGCAGCUGCACUUCAGUUUCUCAGCUCCAAGUUGAAUGUCUGCAAUUUAUUACAGCCAUCCACCUUGAGGAAGGAUGUUACAUGA